GGAGCCGGGUGCAGGCACAACUCUGGUGCAGGCGGAGGGACAUCCUUGCUGGUGGCCUCUGGACCGCGCGAUGACUGGACGGUGACUUCUGGGGCUGAAGACAAGAGACGAAGAUGAAGGAAGAUUGUUCAUCCAGCUCCCAUGUGCCCAUCAGCGACAGCAAGUUCAUUCUGAAGUCAGAACUCUUAAGCCUGCUCAAAACCUACAACUGCUACCACGAGGGCAGGAGCUUCCAGCUGCGACACCGCGAGGAAGAAGGAGCUCUCAUCAUCGAAGGACUCCUCAACAUCGCCUGGGGACUCAGACGACCCAUCCGGCUCCAGAUGCAGGAUGAUCGGGAGCGAGUGCACCUACCCUCUGCCUCAUGGAUGCCUGACCGGCCCAGCUACCUCCAAAAGGAGGCUUCACCCCAGGACAGCAAGGUCACUGCAAAGGAGCCUGGUGCUCAGCAUGCAAACAAGGCUGAGGUUUCCAGGGAUAGCUCAGCACCCCUGGAGGAGGAGGAGGUCCCACAGCUAAUGCGGACCAAGAGCGAUGCCAGCUGUAUAAUCCAGAGGAGGCCCAAGUCCCGGGCACCCGGCGAAGCCCAGAAGAUACGACGUCACCGGUUCUCCAUCAAUGGGCACUUUUAUAACCACAAGACCUCCGUGUUCACUCCUGCCUAUGGGUCCGUGACCAAUGUCCGGGUUAACAGCACCAUGACCACCCAGCAGGUGCUCACCCUGCUGCUAAACAAGUUCCGGGUAGAAGAUGGCCCCAGUGAGUUUGCACUCUACAUUGUCCACGAGUCUGGGGAGCAGACGAAAUUAAAAGAUUGUGAGUACCCGCUGAUAUCCAGAAUCCUGCAUGGGCCUUGUGAGAAAAUCGUCAAGAUCUUCCUGAUGGAAGCCGACUUGAGCGAGGAAGUACCCCAUGAUGUGGCCCAGUACAUUAAGUUUGAAAUGCCGGAGCUGGACAGUUUUGUUGAAAAAUUAAAAGAAGAGGAGGAAAGAGAAAUAAUCAAACUGACCAUGAAGUUCCAAGCCUUGCGUCUGACGAUGCUACAGCGCCUGGAGCAGCUGGUGGAGGCCAAGAACUCUGCUGGAGGAGGAGCUUCCAACAGCCGCGAGACACGUCCUGAUUCUAACCACCAUUGUACUAUGGGGUCCUGGCCUCCAAGCCUCGUUUCAUAGCCAACAUUCCUGGCCUAGAAGUUAGAUCAGGACUAAAACUAACUGAUCCCGUCAGCUCUUGGCAGAAAUCAGCCUUAACUUCUGAAUGUGAUCCAAAGAAAUCCUUGAAAGGAGCUGCCUUCAAGAACUAUGUCAAAGUUGGGGGGGUUGACUCAUGUAGCAUGGAAACAAUACUGGCUGGCGGUGGCUCCAGAAGGCAGUGCUGUCGCUGUCACUGCCAUCUUGUGGAUGAUUCUUGCCUUCUUUGGAACUGAGCUUCACUCUAGUGGGUAGAGACAGCUCUCAAUACUUUCCAUCAAAGCCUGGCAAUAAGGGAAAAUAUCUGGGAACAGAAGGCUUCUAAUUCCCCAGGCCAGAUACAGAGCAAUUUUGUGCUAACUGAUGGAAAUUUCUGGAAUGAAUGAGAAAACUUCAUUUGUAAAACUAUGCAAGCGUUCACAUCAAGUCACGGAAGUGUUUGUCUAACCAGAGCAAACUAAAGGCCAGCCUCUUCCCCCAAGGUCCGCGGCCAGUGAAUUUAAAGAGAAGGGUGACGAAGGCCUGCAGAGAUGGAGUUCCAUCUCCAAUGCAGUGCACAUGGAAGGAAGGUGCUCAGGGAACCCUGAAGGGUAGCGCUUGAGAACGGCUGUGCAGCCACUGGGCAGGGAAGAGGGCACGCCUGGAUCUUCCAGGCCCAGCUCUGUCUUCAUGGAGCUGCCAAGGGAGGCUUGGCUAAGUUCUCCCGCCUCCUCUCUCCCUUUCGGCACCACACUUUCUUGGGUGCUUAAUAAAGAUCUGCUGUGUUUAACAGAAACUGCAAGGGCCACGCUUUCUUGUGCUUUUUUCCUUUUGUGUUUAUUGCCCUGACCCAGGCUUCUACUCUCCGAAGCUCUUAGACUACUGUGAAGAGCUGUAGUUGGCAGGAAACCCGUCCACCCUCGGCAUUGCCAGGGCUCCUUCACUGGGCUCAUGGACUGAGGCAAGGCUGCCCUACCUGAGAACACAGGCAAGGUCUCACUGUGGGUCCGUGGGUAGCCUGAGCAACAGAGUGACCCUGAAUUGCAGAAUCGUGGCGUCAGACGUGUACCAGGCAUCUUUCAAGCAGGGGCUCAGGAGUCAAGAGAAGGAGCGUAGCAAGAGUCCCAGGUGGUUUUGCUGCCUUGAUGUAUAGCCUCGGGGGCCUAGGACAGGUGCCUGACCUUCAUCCGUAAGUAAUUAACCAACUUGACUGUGUUAUGCCAGGCUGGAUCCUGGAGGAACAAAGAUAGAGCCCUGGUGAUUCCUCUUCAGGAGAAGCAGGCUCUGGGGAAACAGUUUACCUAAGAAGGAGGCCAGAUAGUGAGCAGAUAGCUAAGACUGAGUGCUGCUGCUGAAGCCUAGAGACACCUUCCAUGCCUGAGGCAAGAGAGGGACUCGGUAGGUGCUGGGGGAGCCACUGGAGACAGGAAACCCUGGGAGCAGCAGCCCAGCCUGGUGGCAUUUCACAGCUGUCAAAAUAUUAUUUAAGAUUUCCUUAUAUGUGUCACUUUUGAUAUAUUAACACCAAUUUCUGAAUAGCAUAGGGAAAAUUCUAGCAAGUUGUAAAGAAAAGGAGAAAUGUCCUGUGCUGCAUCCUAUGAAAACAGUCACAAAUGUUAGACGGACAGGGCCACACGUGCUCUUCGGAGGCAGCUGGAAAACUUGUCUUUGCAGGACACGGCGACAGGAGAACUUGAGACUUUGGAGGCUGUGGUUUCACGGUGUAUUAGGGGCGUCAUCUGCUAUGGACUUCGCAGCCUUUCUCCUGCAUCCCUCUGUAGCUCAGA